CCGGUGUAAACAAACGAUCCAACAUGGCGCCGCUCAGCAGCUCGCGGUGAGCACGUCGAGGAUCGUGAUGUCUGAGCCCGGUCGCGAGGCGGGGUGUGUUCGGUUCUUCUGCACCGCGGGCAGCGGGAUGGAACCUUUCCUCACGGAGGAGCUGCGGAGGAAGCUGGAGGCGGAGGAUGUGACUCAGCUCUCGGGGAAGGUGCUGUUCAGCUCGUCGGUGAGGAUCCACAGCGUCGUGGAGCUGAAGGCUGCAGAGAGACUCUUCCUCCUGUUGAAGCACGAGUCUCCUCUGCAGCUCUCCUCCCUCAGCAGCUCAGCCAAGGCCGCCGCUGAGCUGAAGUCCAGACUGCUGGGCGACCGGAAGCAGUGGAGCAGCGCCGCGUUGACGUGGAGUCGCCUGCAGGGGGAGCUCUCUCAAGGAAGAGGAGCCGCUGCCAACACGUCGAGCACCCCCAGGGGGAGAAGGAAAGAGGAGGGGAGAGGGAGUGAAGAACAGAUGGAAGAGGAGAAAUACUGCGAUGGGAAGAGUGGAAAGAGUGGAAAGAGAGAAGGGGAACAGAGGGAAGAGGAAAGAGAGAGCAGGGGGCUGAGAGGAGGUGAAGAACAAGAGGAAGCACAGACUCUGGAGAAGAAGAGGAAACGAGAGAUGAGCUGUGGAGUGGAAGAGCUGAUACUGGAGAAAAGGAUAAAGAGGAAGAACCACGAGGAGGCUGAUGAGAAAGAGAGACAGGAUGAAGAUGAUGAAGAGGAGAGGAGGAUGAUAAGUAGCAGAGGAUCAGUGCAAAGUGGCAGCAGGAAGGAAAAGGACCGGGCAGAGGACGGCUCUGUGGAAAACAUGGAACAUGAUUCAGUGAAACCAGCAGGAGAAGAAGAUCAGAAACCAGCUCCGCUCAGCAGGAUCCGUCCAGACAUCACUUCCUCUGUCACGUUCCGGAUCAGCUGCAAGUGCACGGGAUCCGUGUCAAGACUCUUCAGCUCACAGGAGGUGAGCAGAGUGAUGGGAGUGGGAUUGAGCCGAAUGAUGAACUGGAAGGUCGAUCUGAAGAAUCCACAGCUGGAGGUGAAUGUGUAUCUGAGUGACGACCUGUGUCUGCUGGGGAUUCCACUGAGCAGGUUACCUCUGGCUCACCGCAGCUACAUGAAGACCACGGGCCUGAGGUCCACGGUCGCCUGGGCCAUGACGUCACUGGCUCAGAUCCAGCCGGGCUCCUGUGUCGUAGACCCGAUGUGUGGAGUGGGAACCAUCCUGAUCGAAGCAGCACAGGAACACAGGGCCGCCUGGUUCCUGGGCGUGGACAUCGAUGACAGACAGCUGCAGAAGGCCAAUGAGAACAUAGAGUUUGCAGAGUUGAGGACGAGGAUUCAGCUGCUGAAAGCUUCGUCUAUGGCGCUGCCUCUGCCCAGCGGCAGCGUCGAUGCUCUGAUCUGUGACCUCCCGUUCGGCAGGAAGUUUGGCACCAAAACCAACAUGGCUGCCAACCUGCCAGUCAUCGUCGCAGAGAUGGAGAGAGUCCUCCGUGUGGGUGGAGCUCUGGUUCUGCUCCUGAGUCCUCAGUUGUCCUUUCUCCUGAAAAAACUCCUGUCUCCAAAAGACCCGACGCCUCCGCCUGGAUCCGAAGUCUGUCCAUGUCCUCCACUGUCUUCUACAGAGCAGCAGACUGUCUCAACGCAGCCGGGAGUCAAACCCUCACCUCCCCAGGAGAGAGACACUCAGACUGGGCCGCAGCCGCCUCCCCCCCCCUCCUCUCUGAAGCACCACACUACUCUGAGAGUCAGUUUAGGAGCCAUCGACGGACUCAUCCACAAAUAUGUUAAAGUUGAUGUUUGAUCUGAGUUGAUGGAAGUCUCUUUUUUUAUACUUCUCUUUUUUACUUGCCAGGCUUUAUUAAAACAUGUGUAUUUGAUCCAUGUUGUUUUUAUUGUAAAUUUCUUGAAUAAAUACACUUUUUUU